AUGGGAGACCUUUUGUCUUUAUUUUGGGAGGUAGAUCCUCCUCCCAUACCUCUCAGUUUUUCCAUUCCCAGUCAGGAUGCCGAGUGCCGGAAAGACGACUCUUGCGGGACGAUAGGAAGUUUCCUGCUUUGGUAUUUCGUCAUCAUACUGAUUCUCAUGCUCUUCUCUCGGGCUUCUGUCUGGAUGUCUGAGAGCAAGAGGGAUGAAGACAGUGGGACCAGUGCUUCACUAAGUAAAGCAAGCAAAGAAGCUUCCUGUAAGCGACAAAGUAGAGAAGGGUCCUGGGACUCUUCACUAGUGAUGAAGAAACCAAAGCAGAACCAACUUUCCACAGUAACCGACUCUGAGGUGGCUUUGGUCAGCGCCUACCUUGAACAAAGACGAGCCAGGCGCCAUUCCCAGUUCCACCGGGUAAAUCAGAUCCAGCAAGACAGUGAUACCACUGAAUGUGACAGUGAGGGAUCGAACUCUGGAGCAUCCUCCUGGAAGGAGAGCGAAAGUGACCAUCAGCCGGCACCUGCCAAUAUUAGGAGGAGGAAGUCAGUGUCAAGGCAAAGGGAUAUGGAAAACUAUGAAGUCAGAGAAAGGCCCUGUCUCCACUGCAAAGCCAUGAGAACCAGUGAGUGGCUGAGUCGCCACUUCCCACCAAGUGCUUCAGUAACUACCCCCAUGAAGGGAGACAUUCAAGAGGAGAAUUUGACACCUGGUACCAACACAAAAUUAAGCAAAUUUUGAAUUUGACAUCCUUACCUUACUUGAAGUCAAAAAAGAGGAGAUGAAUAAAACAUGGAAAUCAGAGUUGUAGGUGAGGGAGACGUUCACAAUAAAGCCUCUUUACUAACAACAAAAGUAUAAUUGGAACCCAAGACAAAUUUCAAAUUUCAGACAAAUUCAUUGUUUAAAACAAGGGCAGAGGAUGUGUUCCUGCCGCCAUGGGAAUACAGAAGACCUGAUCUUCUAGGAUAUUUUGUUUUUUUUUUUUUUUUAAAUUCAAAAGAGCCCAGGGCAGAUAGUCCAUACCCCAAGUAUAUGUAUUUUGUUUAUGUCUAUGAUACAAAUAUGAAAGCUCUUUGAAAAUAUAUUUAUGUUGAGAAACC